AUGGAUAAGAUAUAUUAUCCUGUCCAGAAGAGCUCCGCUGAUCCACGUACCACGAAUCUGGAAUUUGAGGUCCAGGAACAAACGUUCCUAGACAUGCGCGAGAGCUUAAACUCGUUUUCACUUGAUAUUCAUGGGUUCGAGAGUCGUCUGUGGCCUACUCAGAUGGACACAUCCGACUUUCAGGAUCGUGAAAAGGUUGAAUCGUGCUAUUUCGACGAGGCCAGGGAGAUUCUCAAGACCAUAGAUGAGGGUUAUGACAACGUCUAUUUCUUUGAUUGGCGAUUACGCGAUGCUUCAGCUCCAAGGAAUCGGAGUCGCCUCGACAUGAAUGAUCUCACGACCUGGCUGCUACCUUCGCAGAACGUACAUAUCGAUCAAAGUGCAGCCAGUGUCCUCAAACGAGUUCAACUUCAUCUGCCUGAUGACGCAGAAAAUCUUCUGCAAGGCAGGGUUCGAGUGAUCAACAUCUGGCGCCCUAUCCGAGGACCUGUAGAAGAUUACCCGCUCGCUCUUUGCGAUGGCACCUCCGUGUCUGAUGUUGACCUGAUUGCCUGCGACCACGUCCGGAGGAAUUUUAAAGGAGAAACCAUCUACCCGUACUACAGCCCGAACCAAAAAUGGUAUUAUUUGAGUAAGCAGGAAAAAGACGAAGUAUUGUUGAUUAAAAUGUUUGACUCGGAUCCAUCUGUCAAGGCAUCCAUGACUUUUGCUGACUUUGAGGAGAAUCACCUCAUGCAUCUUUUCACCAUCCACGCUGCCCAUCCGAUGCACUUCCGCGAAUGA